AAGCGAAAACACAAAACCUGGUUCAUUUUUUUUAUUGAACGGCAAUUUUCUGUAUACACACGUGGAAAAUAUGGAACGAAAACAUGAAACAACUCGUGAUAUAUUCGAUAUCUGGGAGCUGUUUUAGCGAAUAAUUUCCAAAAGGCAUACAACCAAAAGUUAAUUUUGAAAACAUUUUGUCAUCAGAAAGUGACUCAGAUGAUGAUGCAUGUGAGGUUAAUACACGCUGGAACAAAGGAAAACGCCAUUCAGAGUAUCAUAACAAAUCGUUUCUUGAAGAUGCAUCCGAAGUGUUUAUGGAAUCACAAAUAAACAAUAAUGUUUCAUUAAUUUAUGGCACAAGUCCAUCCACAUCAUCAACACCACGAUUUCGUAGUAGAAAUUCUUCUGUACGAAGUGUGCAAACUGUAGAUUGUUGUAUUCCUCAUGCUGCUGAACGUGAUGGUGUUAUUUGUGAAGUUCCAUAUCCACAUAGAGAUGAAGACUCAUCGACCUCUGAUGAAGAUGAAGAAGAAGUUCAUAAUUAUGUAAAAAUUGAUGAAGAUUAUAUAAACGGAUUAAACGAAGAAAUUGUAGACGAAGGUUUACGUCUUUAUUUACAAUUUCUACAAGAUGAAAUUGCACAUUGUCGAUUAAAUCCACCAGAUUGUUUAAAUUCAUCAAAUAGUGGAACAAUACCUAGAAAUAUAGGUUCACUACGGUUAUUAGCCGAUCAAUUUUCAUCUUCUCCACAUAGACAAUGGGUUCGAAUGCAAGCCGAAUCAGUGCCUUUAGAUUCUAUAGACUUUGUUUCGUUUACAGAAUUAUUACUGGGAUUAUUUCAGGAAGGUGGCGUCACAUGGGAAAGAGUUGUCGUACUAUUUUUCUUUUGUGCAGAUUUGUCAAUUAGAGCAUUAAAAGAAAGUUUAAUGCGAACAUUUCAACGAAUAACACAAUGGACCACAACAUUUAUAUGUGAUAAUUUUUCACGUUGGGUAGCUGCUAAUGGCGGAUGGACUGAAAUACUACAAACAUCCAUAAGUCAAGCUUCACGUGUAGCGUUCUUUGGUUUUUGUUGUAUGGGUAUUAUAGCAUUUUGUAUUUUUAUAAGGAACAACGGCGCUAAGUAAAUAAU